AUGACAUCAAAUUCUCAACAAUCUUCUGUCUUUUCUUUUCAUGAUGCUAGUAAUGACAAUACUCUUAAUCUUACACCAUCUCAUGAAGAUUUAUCUUCUACGGUCUAUUCUCCUAUUAUUGAAACAGAAAGAGUAAAACUUAUCUGGGGAACAUCUAUUAAUGUCCAAGAGACAUCAGAAAAGUUUAAAGAAUUUAUUCAAAAUAUUGAAAAUUAUCAACAUAUUUUUGAGAAUAUGAAUAUGACUAAAAAAUACAUCUUUACUCUUGAUUGUAGUUUAUUACCCGCUAAUCUUAGUAAUCAGAUUUUAUACUAUCCUUUAGAAACAUUACCUAUUCUUGAGAAUGGCCUACAAGAAGUAUUUCUAGAAUCGUAUCCUAAUACUACUAGUUUAAUUAAAAUUAGAUGUAUAAAUAUUGGAAAGGAGGUUAAUAUAAGAAAUAUAGAUCCUAAAGAUAUCGAUAAGAUUAUUAAAGUAAAUGGUAUGGUACUUAGAACAUCUAGUGUAAUACCAGAAUUAUCUAAGGCAUCAUUUUCCUGUAUAAAAUGUAAAAACACUGUAGAGGUAGAAAGUAUUAAGGGAUUGAUUACACAGCCUGUUACAUGUAAAUGUAGUGGAAGGUUUACAUUUGAAUUAAAACAUAACAAAGGGAUUUAUGAUGAUAAGCAGAUUGUAAAAAUACAAGAAUUAUCUGAAAAUAUACCUGAUGGUACUACACCACUAACUUUAACUAUUAUAUCUAGAGAUGAUUUAGUUGACAGUCUUAUUCCUGGGGAUAAAGUUGAAAUUAUUGGGGUGUUAAGGGCAGUACCUGUACGAUUAAAUGCACAUUUAAAAAAGAUAAAGAGUACAUUUAGGACUUAUUUAGAAUUAAUGUCAUUUAGUGUUAAGAAUCAGAAAGAAAAGAAAAGAGACUAUUUAGAAGAGAUUGAUGAAUUAAGACGCGAUCCAGACUUGUAUACUAGACUUUAUAAGUCUAUAGCUCCAUCAGUUUGUGGAAUGGAUUCCGUUAAAAAAGCCCUUUUGUUACAACUCUUUGGUGGUGUAAAGAAAGAGUUGGGGAAUUCGAGACUAAGAGGAGAUAUUAAUAUUCUAUUAGCGGGGGAUCCUGGUAUCUCUAAAUCUCAAUUAUUAAGUUUUAUGAAUAGAAUAUGUGAGCGAGGUAUGUACACCAGUGGAAAAGGUACAAGUGCGGUAGGUUUAACAGCCAGUGUUUCUAGAGAUCCGGAUUCAGGACAGUAUGUCUUAGAAUCGGGUGCUCUUGUUUUAUCUGACAAUGGUAUCUGCUGUAUUGACGAAUUUGAUAAAAUGAGUGAUAGCACCAGAAGUGUAUUACACGAAGUUAUGGAACAACAGACUGUGUCAGUAGCAAAAGCGGGUAUUAUUACUACUUUGAAUGCAAGAUGUAGUAUUUUAGCUUCUUGUAAUCCAAUAGAAAGUAAAUAUAAUCCAAAAAAAAGUAUAAUUGAUAAUAUUAAUUUGCCUCCUACUUUAUUAAGUAGAUUUGAUGUUGUAUGUCUUCUUAUUGAUAGAUUUGAUGAGUCAAGGGAUAAAGAAAUUGGUAAUCAUAUUAUUAAUAUGUAUACAGAUGAAGAAGAAGAUAUUAGAACUGUUGAUAUUAAUUUAUUAAAAGCUUAUAUUGGAGAGGCUAAAAGAAUUAUCCCUAAAUUGACAGAAGAUAGUAUUAAAGUGUUGAGUAAAGCAUAUUGCGAUUUAAGGCAAAUUGAUAACGGCAACACGAUUACUGCUACGACUAGACAACUAGAAAGUCUUAUAAGAUUAAGUGAAGCACACGCGAGAAUGCGUUUUUCUAGUGUAAUCAUGCCUUCUGAUGUUAAUGAAGCCUUAAGGAUUGUUAAGGAAUCUCUUCUAAUGUACGCUAUUGAUCCUGUUACUGGUAAAAUUGACAUGGAUAUGAUUAUUUCUGGUGUAUCUGCAUCUAAACAAAAAUUAUUAGAAGUCUUAAAGGAUAGUGUUAUAAAAAUACUUAAAAAGAAGAAGAUGGACAUUUUAGGAUUAAUUAAUGAAACAAAAAGUAAUGAAAAACUUAUGAUUGAAUGUCUUAAAGAUUUAGAAAAUGAAGAUUUAAUAUGUAAAAAUAGUAAUGGUGAAUAUGAAAGAAUAAAGUAA